ACGCCUGUACGUCAUUUCCUGUGAUGGAGCCAGUGUUGUGCUGUGGAAGUUGACAGUAGACAGAAGUGUAGUUGUUAUUUUAGGAUUAGCCAUGUGCAGUCUCAGGGAUGCUUGUGCUUUGUACUUUUUAUUUCUGCACAUUGAGUUGUCGUUGUACAGCAUUACGGCUAGUGGAAUACCUGUUUUUACAGAUGACGUUUCCUUCAAGAUCCACUGGCCAGGACAGGAGUUAACUCUGCCAACAGGAAGUGCCUUGUACAGAGAUGACAACUAUAUCAUCAUGACAACAGCUGACAGUGAAAAAUAUAGAUGUUUACUUCCAUUGAUGUCAGGUGACAUGGAGGAUGAUGCUAAAGAUUACACUGGUCCAAGUCCUGCAGAAUUGUUAGAACCUUUAUUUAAGCAAAGCAGCUGUUCCUACCGGAUUGAAUCUUUCUGGACGUAUGAAGUAUGCCAUGGAAAACACGUCCGACAGUACCAUGAGGAAAAGGAAACUGGUCAGAAGAUAAAUAUACAGGAGUAUUACCUUGGAGCUGUGGUAAAAAAAAGUCAGACGGCAACAGCAGGUAUUAAGAGAGAUAGAAGGGAAGAUAGUGGAACAGGUAAACAGCUUCAAACAGAAAUUCCAUCAAAAAAUAUUGAGGGACAGAUGACACCAUUUUAUCCUGUACAUAUGGGUAAUGGCACACCCUGUACGCUGAAACAAGACCAACCUAGAGCAACUACAGUAAUGUAUGUAUGCCAUCCUGAAGCAAAACAUGAGAUUCUGACUGUGGCAGAAGUAACAACUUGUGAAUAUGAAGUCAUUAUUUUGACUCCACUGUUGUGCAACCAUCCAAAAUAUAGGUUCAAAUCUUCACCAGUGAAUGAUAUAUUCUGCCAGUCUCUGCCAGGGUCACCACUAAGACCUAAGAGCCUGGAUAGCUUUGAAAAACAGCAAGAAGAAUUGAUGAAAUCACAGUUUAGGAGGGACAUUGAGGAUGAAGCAUCUUCAACAAAAGAUGAAAAAUUUUCAUCCUUACACAAGCCAGUAAGUGUUGGAGGGCAGCAGCAGAUAACUGUGGGGACCACUCAUAUUUCCAGAUUAACAGAUGAGCAGCUUAUUAAGGAGUUUCUCAGUGGCUCUUACUGCUUCCAUGGGGGUGUUGGUUGGUGGAAGUAUGAAUUCUGUUAUGGAAAACACGUGCACCAGUAUCACGAGGACAAAGAAACAGGCAAAUCUUCUGUAGUAGUGGGAACAUGGAAUGUACAAGAACACAUGGACUGGGCAAAGAAGAAUGUGGCCAGAUCGUAUCUGCUCAGAGAUGACGGUACACAGAAAGUGAAGGUCGUCUCUCAUUUCUAUGGUCAUGGGGAUUUAUGUGAUCUUACUGGAAAGCCACGGCAAGUAAUUGUAAAACUAAAGUGCAAGGAGUCUGAGUCCCCUCAUGCUGUUACCGUGUAUAUGCUUGAACCACAGACUUGCCAGUAUAUUCUUGGGGUGGAAUCCCCUGUGAUCUGUAAAAUUCUGGAUACUGCAGAUGAAAACGGGCUGCUUUCCAUUCCCAGCUGAAGUCACACAAAACAGCAGCAAAAGAAAAUGGAAUUUGAUCUGUAUGUAUUUAUUGAGGCUGUUAAUUAUCUAUUGGAUUUAUAUUUUUCUUGACUGACUGAACAAAACUGAAAAAUAAGUGUGACACAAGUGCUAACAUUUUCCAGCUAGCAUUGCAAAAAAUGUAUGCGUACAAUAAUUGGAGGCCAAGGAUCAUCGAGAAACAUCUUGUUUGCUUCACAGCCCUUUUCUUGAGCUUGGCUGACAUUCUUACCCGUUAAUGGAUCUGGAGGAGUCUGUAAUAUUUCAAACCAGAAUUUAACCAUCAUCAGUGAUACUGAAUUGGAACACUCUGAACAGACAUUUAUGAAUGUACAGUUAUUACUGAAAAAAAAUAUUAAGGUAACAGUUGUAAAUAUAUUUUUUUCAUUUGGAUAUUGCUGUACCUCUUAUUUAACACGUUGAACAUUUGUUCCUCUGGGUUUUUACUGAACAUGCAACUCCUGAGUAAUCUGUACAUUAUCUUUAAUCCAGUGGGCAAAAAAUAAAACCGUUUUUCAAAUA